AUGUCUCGCCAUCAUCCCGAUCUCGUAAUGUGCCGGAAGCAGCCCGGAAUCGCCAUCGGACGCCUCUGCGAUAAGUGCGACGGAAAGUGCCCAGUCUGUGACAGCUACGUGCGCCCUACAACCCUCGUGCGGAUCUGCGAUGAGUGCUCUUUCGGCAACUAUCAGAACAAGUGCGUGGUAUGCGGUGGCGAGGGCAUUUCAGACGCCUUCUACUGCUUCGAAUGCACGCGACUCGAGAAAGACCGAGACGGCUGUCCGAAGAUCAUUAAUUUGGGAAGCUCGAGAACGGAUCUGUUCUAUCAGAAAAAGAAUUUCAGGAACCACUAG